GGGAUAGCCAGAUACCUGGGCCCCAGACCCCUUCGUCUGCUGUGAGCCGGGCUCAGCCCUGCCCCCUGCGGCAGCCUCAGGAGUGAGAGUGUCUGCUCCUGGGCCAGGGGACAGAGAGCGGUGUGUUUAUGUGGGUGUGGCGGUGGUGACUUAGUGAUGCUGGCAUCUGCCUCUGUGUGCAUGGAUCCCCUGGGACCCCAAAAAGCUGCCCGUUGGGCUUUCUUCCAUGCCCCAAGGGAGUCCAGGAAGUACUGCUAGGAUUGGGGUUCAGUCUUUUAGGAGAACUGAGUCUGUAUGUCCUGGGCAUUCCCAUUUACUAGCCUUCUGAAUAUGAAUACCAAGCCAGAUGGCCUUGUUUGCUUUUGAAAAUAUGGUCACUGUGUUGAGGGAUGGGGUAGCUUCCCUUCCCCUUGGAGAGAAAGCACUUCCUCUCCCGACCGGCAGAGGGCAGUAGCUGACAGGAGAAAGGGGGACUCGGUAGGAGCGUUGGGGCUUAAGGUCGGGCUGUUUUCCUGGGCGAGGAGAAAGGGGGCCGGGCGCGGUGGCUCACGCCUGUCAUCUCAGCACUUUGGGAGGCCGAGGAGGGCAGAUCACCUGAGACGAGGACGCUGAGGUCAGGAAUUCGGGACCAGCCUGGCCAACAUGGCGGAAAAAAAAAAAUAGCUGGGCAUGGUGGCGGGUGCCUGUAAUCCCAGCUACUCGGGAGGCUGAGGCAGGAGAAUCACUUGAACCCAGGAUCGCGCCACUGCACUCAAGCCUGGGCGAUAGAGCAAGACUCUCAAAAAAAAAAAAAAAAAAAAAAAAGGGGGGUUCCAGGAGCCGGCCUGGCACUGACCCACACAUACUUUGCUUCUUCCCACAGCUGGAUUACUGGGCCAGUUACAGGUCUUGUUCUUACUGGACAUCCAGGGUCAGGCAUGGGGUUCUGGUGACUUUGAGACACAUAUUUCUGGGGACGCUAGAGUUUUUAAUCUGGCCAUUCUGAUCCAGCAGACCCAUUUUGAAAUAGAGGGAAUAACCCUGCUUAAAUUGUUCCCCGGCCCCUGGUCCCUGGGUGUCCUUCCAGGUGUGCUUGGUGCUAGGGUAAGGCUGUAGGCUUCUCUGAUGCAAGAGCACAGUCAGCCAAGGUUUGGGGAGAAGUCAGCUCCAGUGUAACACAGGCCUCAUCUUGUCCACCUGACCUCAGCCCCCACUCCGUCCACACCUGCCAUCUCCACAAGCUUUGUGGGCUGGAUGGCAGGGGGAUGAGGAAGAGGGACUGAAGUUGGGGUGUCCUUCUCCCCACCUCCUGGAGUUAGACCAGGAAAUGGCUGUCCCUUUCAGCAUCAUCAGGGAGGUCAAGUGCUGGGAGAGGCCCUGGGAAGGGAGCCUGGGAUGCUGAGUCCCCAAAGCCCUGCUCCCCAGCUGCCCACCCCUCCAGCCAGCUGAGGCUCCCUGAGCUGGUGGCCAGCUGGACAGGGACAAGAGAGCAGUGUGCAAGAAACAGGGGCUCCCUAGGCAUGGCUCAGCAGGGAGGGGGGUGCCUGGGGAGCUGGAGAGGGCUUCCUGCAGCUGUCAGGUGUGUCUGGGGGCCGUAGCGAGGGGGGUGUAAGAGCAGCUGGCACCCUUUGAGGAGGGCCAGAGAGAUCAUUUGUCAGUUCUAGAAACAUGAGGGCCCCACGGGGGCUUGAUGGAGUGUCUCUAGGCCCCUUAAUCUGAGGCUGUGGUCUGUGUCAGGGGUGUUAUACAGGAGACAUCCUACAGCUUUGGGGUGGGGGCGUCCCAGCAGGAGUCUCAGGGCAUAUUUGUUUGUUUUGAGCGGGUUUGGGAACUUGGCCACCUGGUAUGGGUAGGAGGCACCCUGGGUAUUUGGGCAGCAGACAAGGCCACCCCAGGGGAGGGGGUGAGGAUCCUCACCCCACCCUACCCUUGCUCUUGGCUGGACUGCCCCACUCUGGCAGGCUGCCGGCCUCCUAUUUCCGUCGGGCACCAGGGUAACAGGGCCACAUUAGGGUCUGAGCCAGGAGACGCCCAGCCAAGGCUGGGACUGGGGGAUGGGGGAGGGUCUCUGAAGAGUCAUCGCAGGGCCCAGCAGAGCCUCUGGGGUCCAAGCCUCCCACUCAGGCUGUGUGUUAGUCCCCACGUCCCCACACAGGCCCAUGAGGGAGUCCACAGCCCUGCUUUAUACGUGCUGUUUGAGUCACAUAGCCCCCACCCUAAAGUCCCAGGAGUUGUCUGCAACUGUGAGGGCUGGGGUAGAAGCCAGAGACAGGAGCUUUGUGUAUGGGGAGGCAGGGGGGCCAGCGCGGGUGGCUGGGAGGAAGAGUCCCCCCCAUUCCUGCCGCCCUCUUGGCAGUGAUUCAGAAAGGUCCGUUUUCAGCCAGUGUCAGAGCUGCUCAGCUGGGGAGGGAGGGAGAGAGGGAGAGAGAGAGGCAGGCAAGAGGGAGGGCAGGCGGGCGGGCAGUUGGGUGGGGAAGCCGGGGAGUAGGGCUGGACUGUGACCACUGCCCUGGGGAGAAGACAGAAACAGGACAGAGGAUCCCGGCUGCAGCCAGCGUGAGGAAAGCUCCUCCGCUCCCUGCCAGACCAGCCAGCUGUGGAAACCCAGCGGGGCUUGCAGCAGAGCGGAGGGGCCCACCCCGUUCUUCCUCAUUUCCCACCCCUGGUGUGGGAUUUGGAGGGCUCCUGGGCAGAGUGCGAAGCUCCGGAGCCGAGGCCACUGGAUCCCCAGUGACUGCUCGGGGGGGUCCCGCUGCGUGGAGAUGCCGGCAGCACGUCGGUUCCCUGGCCUGGAGCUCUCCUUCCCUCUCCUGGCCAGACUGCGGCGACGCCUGUACACACAUCCCGGAGUUCCUUCCCGUCCUCCCACAUGCAUCCUCUGUGCAGAGCUGCGCUGUUGCUGGGUCAGGGAGCAUGGAGUGCACAGCUGAACAGAGGGACAACAGAGUCUGAAGCGUCCGCAGAAGACAUCACUGGCAACUCCUGGGGAGCCGGGUGGCUGUGCAGCUGGGGAGGGAAUGAGAUUCGUGGCUCAGUGUGCCUUCUGAAUAUUUUACCACGUGCAUAGAUUACCUUCUCCAAGCUUCAAUGAGGCUGGGAGGCGGCAGAAUGCAGCCAGAGGAGGGCACAGGCUGGCUGCUGGAGCUGCUGUCCGAGGUGCAGCUGCAACAGUACUUCCUGCGGCUCCGAGACGACCUCAACGUCACCCGCCUGUCCCACUUUGAGUACGUCAAGAAUGAGGACCUGGAGAAGAUCGGCAUGGGCCGGCCUGGCCAGCGGCGGCUGUGGGAGGCUGUGAAGAGGAGGAAGGCCUUGUGCAAACGCAAGUCGUGGAUGAGUAAGGUGUUCAGUGGAAAGCGACUGGAGGCUGAGUUCCCCCCUCAUCACUCUCAGAGCACCUUCCGGAAGACCUCACCCGCCCCUGGGGGCCCAGCAGGGGAGGGGCCCCUGCAGAGCCUCACCUGCCUCAUUGGGGAGAAGGACCUGCGCCUCCUGGAGAAGCUGGGCGAUGGUUCCUUUGGCGUGGUGCGCAGGGGCGAGUGGGACGCGCCCUCAGGGAAGACGGUGAGUGUGGCUGUGAAGUGCCUGAAGCCCGAUGUCCUGAGCCAGCCAGAAGCCAUGGACGACUUCAUCCGGGAGGUGAAUGCCAUGCACUCGCUCGACCACCGAAACCUCAUCCGCCUCUACGGGGUGGUGCUCACGCCGCCCAUGAAGAUGGUGACAGAGCUGGCACCUCUGGGAUCGUUGUUGGACCGGCUACGUAAGCACCAGGGCCACUUCCUCCUGGGGACUCUGAGCCGCUACGCUGUGCAGGUGGCUGAGGGCAUGGGCUACCUGGAGUCCAAGCGCUUUAUUCACCGUGACCUGGCUGCCCGCAAUCUGCUGUUGGCUACCCGCGACCUGGUCAAGAUCGGGGACUUUGGGCUGAUGCGAGCACUACCUCAGAAUGACGACCAUUACGUCAUGCAGGAACAUCGCAAGGUGCCCUUCGCCUGGUGUGCCCCCGAGAGCCUGAAGACACGCACCUUCUCCCAUGCCAGCGACACCUGGAUGUUCGGGGUGACACUGUGGGAAAUGUUCACCUACGGCCAGGAGCCCUGGAUCGGCCUCAACGGCAGUCAGAUAUUGCAUAAGAUCGACAAGGAGGGGGAGCGGCUGCCCCGGCCCGAGGACUGUCCCCAGGACAUCUACAAUGUCAUGGUCCAGUGCUGGGCUCACAAGCCAGAGGACAGACCCACGUUUGUGGCCCUGCGGGACUUCCUGCUGGAGGCCCAGCCCACAGACAUGCGGGCCCUUCAGGACUUUGAGGAACCGGACAAGCUGCACAUCCAGAUGAAUGAUGUCAUCACCGUCAUUGAGGGAAGGGCCGAGAACUACUGGUGGCGUGGGCAGAACACACGGACGCUGUGUGUGGGGCCCUUCCCUCGCAACGUGGUGACCUCUGUGGCCGGCCUGUCGGCCCAGGACAUCAGCCAGCCCCUGCAGAACAGCUUCAUCCACACAGGGCAUGGCGACAGUGACCCCCGCCACUGCUGGGGCUUCCCGGACAGGAUUGACGAACUGUAUCUGGGAAACCCCAUGGACCCCCCCGACCUCCUGAGCGUGGAACUGAGCACCUCCCGGCGCCCCCAGCAUCUAGGAGGGGUGAAAAGGGAGCCUCCACCUCGCCCACCUCAGCCUGCCUUCUUCACUCAGAGUAAGUGGGGCUGCUUCCGAUGCCUUGGCCCCCGCCCCCGCCCUCUCUCUCUCACUCCUCUCCUGGAAGAACCAACCUAUGACCCUGUGAGCGAGGACCAAGACCCCUUGUCCAGCGACUUCAAGAGGCUGGGCCUGCGGAAGCCAGGCCUGCCCCGAGGGCUGUGGCUGGCGAAGCCCUCGGCGCGGGUGCCGGGCACCAAGGCCAGCCGAGGCAGCGGGGCUGAGGUCACGCUCAUCGACUUUGGUGAGGAGCCCGUGGUCCCGGCCCUACGGCCCUGCGCGCCCUCCCUGGCGCAGCUGGCCAUGGACGCCUGCUCCCUGCUGGACGAGACCCCGCCUCAGAGCCCCACGCGGGCACUGCCCCGGCCCCUGCACCCCACGCCUGUGGUGGACUGGGACGCACGCCCGCUGCCCCCCCCGCCCGCCUAUGACGACGUGGCCCAGGAUGAGGAUGACUUUGAGAUCUGCUCCAUCAACAGCACCCUCGUGGGCGCGGGGGUCCCUGCCGGGCCCAGCCAGGGCCAGACCAACUACGCCUUUGUGCCUGAGCAGGCGCGGCCGCCUCCUCCCUUGGAGGACAACCUGUUCCUGCCACCCCAGGGUGGGGGCAAGCCGCCCAGCUCCGCACAGACCGCAGAGAUCUUCCAGGCGCUGCAGCAGGAGUGCAUGAGGCAACUGCAGGCUCCGGCCGGCUCCCCGGCCCCCUCUCCCAGCCCGGGGGGUGACGACAAGCCCCAGGUGCCUCCUCGGGUACCCAUCCCACCUCGGCCCACACGCCCCCACGUCCAGCUGUCUCCAGCCCCCUUGGGCGAGGAGGAGACCGGCCGGUGGCCUGGACCUGCUUCCCCUCCCCGGGUGCCUCCGCGGGAGCCCCUGUCCCCUCAAGGCUCGAGGACACCCAGCCCCCUGGUACCACCUGGCAGCUCCCCGCUGCCACCCCGGCUCUCAAGCUCACCUGGGAAGAUCAUGCCCACCACCCAGAGCUUUGCCUCAGACCCCAAGUACGCCACCCCCCAGGUGAUCCAGGCCCCUGGCCCGCGGGCUGGUCCCUGCAUCCUGCCCAUCGUCCGGGAUGGCAAGAAGGUCAGCAGCACCCACUAUUACUUGCUGCCCGAGCGACCGUCCUACCUGGAGCGCUACCAGCGCUUCCUGCGUGAGGCCCAGAGCCCCGAGGAGCCGGCCCCCCUGCCUGUGCCUCUGCUGCUGCCCCCACCCAGCACCCCAGCCCCCGCCGCCCCCACGGCCACCGUGCGGCCGAUGCCCCAGGCUGCCUUGGACCCCAAGGCCAACUUCUCCACCAACAACAGCAACCCAGGGGCCCGGCCACCACCCCCAAGGGCCACUGCUCGGCUGCCACAGAGGGGCUGCCCUGGCGAUGGGCCAGAGGCGGGCCGGCCAGGAGACAAGAUCCAGAUGCUGCAGGCCAUGGUGCAUGGGGUGACCACAGAGGAGUGCCAGGCGGCCCUGCAGUGCCACGGCUGGAGCGUGCAGAGGGCUGCCCAGUAUCUGAAGGUGGAGCAGCUCUUCGGGCUGGGUCUGCGGCCCAGAGGGGAGUGCCACAAAGUGCUGGAGAUGUUCGACUGGAACCUGGAGCAGGCCGGCUGCCACCUUCUGGGCUCCUGGGGCCCUGCCCACCACAAGCGCUGAGAUGCGUCUGGAGAGCCAGAGGGCCUGCCUGAAGGAAUCACCUGAGCCUGUCCAUCCACCAGGAGUGGGGAGAUGCCCCCAUCCAGUCCUGGAGGACCCGCUGCUCCUGCUGCUCCCGGGGAUGGAGCAAGGCCAAGGCUGCGGGAGGCUGGGAGCCCUGCCCUGUCCAUCCCUCCCGCACCAGCGCUGUCCCUGCACACUUUGGUUCAGUCCCGGUGCCCCAGCCAAGAUGUGGAAGGGGCCGGGUGAAGACAGGCCUGAGGGCUGCCCCAGCAGGCUCUGGGUAUGACCUGCCUCUGGCCCUGGUCCUGGGCGGGGCCUGUGGGUGGAGUAGUACCCCCAGGCCCUGCCCUGGGUGACAGACUGGGAGGAAACCAGGCUGGACCUGGGCAGGUGGGAUGUGUUGGCCACAGGGAGAGGCGGACCAGCACCCGGUGGGACCUCCUAGGACUGGGCCUUCUUCCAGGGGGCCCUGGCAGCAGUUGGGGUGUCGGGCAGAAUGUGACUUGUGGCCUUACCAUGGACUUGAAUGGGACUUGGCUGGCCUCAGGAUCUUGUGCCUGGAAAUAGCCUGAGGUGGCUCAGGAAGCGGAGAAAGGGUGCCAGACCAUUCUCUGGCGGGGACCAGGGCCCAAGGCCCCAGGGCUGGAAGGAGACCAAGGGGCAGCCGCCCUGGAGGGACAUCAGUGCUUCCUCUUCCACCCAAUUCCCCCACGCGGUUCCAUGUUUUCCCACCAGCCUGUCGGCAAAGUUGCUGCUCCGGCAUUCAGUACCUGCUUCUUCCAGAGAAAUAAAGUUAGUUUCUAUUUUAUGUUA